AUGCGCAGAUCACAGCAGCAACAAAUGCGACGACAGCAGCAACAGCAGCAGCAGCAGCAGCAACAGCAACAGCAGCAGCAGCAGCAGCAGCUCUACAGCAGCAGCAGCAGCAGCAGCAGCCUUCUGUACGAUCUUCUUUGCUGUUUUUAUCCUUCUGCUGCUGAUUAUGUUUAUAAAGGGAAGGGAGUCUUACAACUCUUACUGUCUUAUAAGGUGCAGCAGCAGCAGCAGCAGCAGCAGCAGCAGCAAGAGCAGCAGCAACAGCUCCAGCAGCAACAGCUGCAGCGGCUGCGGUAG